UCACGCAGUCGUCACCAAUGUGCAGCGUGUUUUAUUUCCAUAUAUUUUGCGUCUGCUUAGUUGUUUAAUUUCUACGGGUUUAGGAAUAAUUUAUGACGCAAAGCCUUAUCAAAUGUAAACAUAUUAUUUAUUAUUUUGCACGUUGAUCCGGUGUUAUUACUUUCCUAAUAUUGCUACCAGCCAGCCAAACGUCACAAAUAGCUAAAUUGAAGUUCAUGCUGCCUCGUGCCAGAGCAGUGAAGGCCGCGUGAUAAACUCCCGUCUAGUGUUACAUCAUUCGCGGAAAGGCGCGUCUAUUUCAAACCCGCACGCCGGCAAACUUUCCGUCUCAGUGUAAUUCGAAAUUGGGUCACAACAAGAAGUCAGAACUAUGCCUGGUACGUACGCAGCGGUCACCCACGUCCUCUUCGAUCUCGACGGACUAUUAAUAGACUCGGAAACAUUCUAUGAGAAAAUCAUCGGUGACAUUGCUGGUCAAUAUGGAAAGAAAUACACGAAGGAAGUGCGUGCAAGAAUACUGGGCACGCCGGAAAUGAUGACUAGUCAAUUGGCUGUAGAACUUAUGGAAUUACCAUUGACUCCAGAAGAGUUUUUCCUGAGGAUGCGUAAAGGAGUUGAGGCGGAGCUCCAUAAUCCUCCACUGUUACCUGGAGCUGAAAAGUUGAUCAGACAUCUUGCAAAACACAAAAUUCCUUUCGCCAUGGCGACAUCUGGAAGCAAAGAGGCUACGGACAUCAAACUUCAAAGUUCAGCGGAGUUGUUUAAUUUGUUUCACCAUAAAGUCAUGGGUAGUAGUGACGCUGAAGUGAAAAAGGGUAAACCCAAUCCGGAUAUCUUCUUGGUAUGCGCCCAGAGAUUUCCAGAUCCUCCAAAUCCUUCAAAAUGUUUGGUGUUUGAAGAUGCUCCGAAUGGUGUAAAAGCAGCUGUUGCUGCUGGUAUGCAGGUUGUGAUGGUACCAUCCGACGAAAUCAGCGAUGAAUUAAAAGAAGGCGCUACUUUAGUGCUCCAAAGUUUGGAACAGUUCCAUCCGGAGGAAUUUGGUUUACCAAAAUUUGAUUAAACACAACAUUAAUAUCGAUUAUGAGUUAUCGUGUCCUGUUCAGUUAACAUCUGAUAACGUAUAAUAUGUAAAUGUUACUUAUUUAUUUUAGGUCUAUCCAUGGUGUGUCAAAUAAUUGUCCUUGCCAGUAGGGAACAAAAAAUCUAUCAAAAUAAAAAUGUAUUUUGUUAAAAAUAAAAAAAAUGUAUUUUUA